AUGACUUCAAACACCCAAGUAAUCUAUGUCAAGCCUCCCAAGGAAUACCCCAUUAUUGGCGAAACUAUGAAGAUUGCCAAAUCUACAAUUGAUCUUGAUUGUGCUCUCUCUCAAGGCGACAUAAUCAUUAAGAACCUUGUACUCUCUGUCGAUCCUUAUAUGCGUGGCCGUAUGCGAGACCCUUCAAUUGAAUCCUAUGCACCAGCAUUCGAGUUCAACAGUGUCAUGACUGGUGAUACAAUGUCUGUCGUGAUCAAAUCCAACAACCCAAAGUUCAAGCAAGGCGACCUAGUCUAUGGCAAGACAGGCCUUGGGUACUUUGAAGAAUAUUCACACGUCAAGGGUGCCUAUGCUGACAUUGGAUACGUUGUUCGCAAUGACCCCAAAACUACUGGUCUGCCAUUGACUUACUAUGUCGGUGUACUCGGAAUGCCUGGACUGACAGCAUAUGUUGGACUUCAAAAGUAUGGAAAACCAAAGAAGGGUGAGACACUGUAUGUAUCGGCCGCUUCUGGAGCUGUUGGUCAAAUCGUUGGUCAGAUUGGCAAGGCGCUUGGACUUCAUGUAGUCGGAUCUGCUGGAUCGGACGAAAAGGUUGCUUAUCUUAAAGAACUUGGUUUUGACGGAGCUUUCAACUACAAGACCCAGAGUAUUGACGAAAAGCUCAAGGAACUCUGUCCAAAGGGUAUUGAUAUUUAUUACGAAAGUGUGGGUGGCGAAAUGCUCGAGCAUGUGCUCAACCAUGCCAACAACUUUGGCCGAAUUGUUGUGUGUGGCAUGAUCUCUCAGUACAAUACCUCGAACCCUUACCCGAUUCGCAACAUCAUCUAUGUACUGACUAAGCGACUGACGAUGAGUGGAUUUAUUGUGAUGGACAAAGAAAACAUAGCAUAUGAAGAAGAGUUCAUGAGAACAUGCACUCAGUGGUUAUUAGAAGGAAAGAUCAAGUACAGAGAGACAGUUGCCGAAGGAAUCGAAAACACUCCCCAGGCUCUGUUAGAUGUAUUAAAGGGAAAGAACUUUGGAAAGCAAGUGGUCAAGAUUGCUGAUUUGUAA